AUCCUGCACUUCUGUUUUCAGUGGGACUUCUCCUCUUGCCUGCCUGAAUGCUAUGCUGCACACCAACUCCCGCGGGAGUGAGGGCAUUUUCUAUAAGGUUCCAGGGAGGAUGGGUGUCUACACGCUGAAGAAGGAUGUUCCAGAUGGACUGAAGGAGCUGUCCGAUGGCUCCGAAGAGAGCAGCGAUGUGCAGUCGGACUCGCCCACCUCAGAGAACAGCAGCACCAGCAGCGACAGGAGCAGCAACAAGGAAGGGAGGAAAAGAAGGUGGCGAAGGAAAGUAUCAACCAGGCUCUCGCAAGUGUCCUCUCCCCAGCCAGGCUGCCCAUCUCCCUCCAUCCCACCAGGUAAAGUCAUCUCAUCAUCUCAGAAGCUCAGCAAAAAGGCACUCAAGCAGGCCCUGAAGCAGAAGCAGCGGAAACAGCAGCAGUGCCGGGCCAGUGGCUCCGUCUCCUCCAGCCACCACCUCCUGCAGCCGCAGCAGCAACAGGCCAAGGCCACCAGCCACCCUGCACCUGCAAAACCUGCCUGGGAAGGCAAGCACUCUGACGGGCACUCAAGCAGCUCCCAGAACUCCACGUCCAGCUCCUCCCCCUCUGUGAAAGCCGAGCCCUCCUUGUCAGUCCUCGGGAAGAAGCCCUUCCAGAGAGCCGACCGGCUGCAUGCAAGGCAGCUGAAGAGGGCCAGAGGCGCCGAAAUUGACGUGGAGACCCCGGACUCCAUCCUGGUGAACACCAACCUGCGGGCCCUGAUCAACAAGCACAUGUUCUCGGUGCUGCCCCCCAACUGUCAGCACAGGCUGCUGCUGCUGCUCCCGGAGGUGGACAGGCAGGUUGGGCUGGAUGGGCUGAUGAAGCUGAGCAGCUCUGCCCUCAACAACGAGUUCUUCACUUCUGCUGCCCAAGGGUGGAAGGAGCGUCUCUCAGAAGGGGAGUUCACUCCAGAGAUGCAGCUGAGACUUCGGCAGGAGCGAGAGAAGGAGAAGAAGGCAGAGCUGUGGAAGGAGCACUUCUUUGAGAGUUACUAUGGCCAGAGCUCUGGGCUGAGCCCCGAAGAGGCCAAGCAGCUGACGUCCUUCCCCACUGCUGCGCAGGCCCUGGCUGGGGACCCAGCCCUCCCGCCGCUGGAGCAAUGCGUGCCAGCCCCACUAGCCGGGCCGGGCCAAGAGGAGGCACCCACUGCUCUUGUGGGUCCACAGGAUCUCCCUGUGCCACCAGCAGCCGGCAAAGGAGAGGGCGACGAGAAACCCCCGGCCCCCAUGCCCACUGAACUUGCCACGUCCUCUGACAACAGUGCCCUCGCCACGGCCGGCAGCCGGCCUCCCCACAAGCCGUCUCAAGGGGCCAAGGAGCCCACUCAAGGGGAGCCAGCAGGGGAGGCCUCAGGAAAGGAGCAUGCAAGCAGGCCAAAGAGCCCGGUGGCAGCGGCUGCUGGCAUAGAACCAGGUCCGGGAGAAGAGGCUCCGGAGAGCCCCGCCAAGGACGCCCCUGGCCCGGAGCAGAUGGAGGUUGGUGCCCCGGGGCUCAAGAGGAAACUGGAGAGUCCCGAGGAGGCGUCGACAAUGCCAGAGAAGCGGCCCCACGUGACAGAGAACUGCUGCUCCAGGCCGCCGUUUCAGAGCCCGCCGCAGCCCUUUCCCGCCGCGCCUGUCCCAAAGGUCCCCCCGCUCCGGAUCCCCGUCUCCAGGAUCCAUGGCUCUCCUCCAGCGCCCUUUCCUGCCAGCCAGGUCUCUCCCAGGCCCACCUUCCCAGGCACCGUCACCAGUCCCCGGAGGACGGGGGCCAGGACGCUGGCCGACAUCAAGGCCAGGGCCCAGAUGGCCAGGGCCCAGCGGGCAGCCGCCGCCGCCGCCGAAGCUGCUGCCGCCUCCAGCGCUGCUACUGCUGCCUCCAUUGCGGGAGCCAUCCCCGGCCCCGGCCCCGGCGGGGGGAGAGGAGAGGAGAAGAGCGGCCCAGCGCCAGGGACCCGGCCUCAUGGAGCUGCGCUGGACCUGGCAGGCCCUGGCCUCCGGGCCGCCCCCCCGAGGCCCUGGCCCCCCUGCCCAGGCGCCCGGGCCCCAGCAGCGGAGCCGGGGGUGCCCAGCGGUCCUGCUCGAGCACAGCUACAGCCGGCCUCCCCGCUAGGCCCCUGCCCUGCGGCCCCCCGCCCCGUGGCUGCCUCUGCUGCCCAGGGGGCCAAGGCUCUCCUUCCAGGCCGGGGGGGUGGGCUUGGAGGAGCCCCUCCCACUUCCAGCCAGGCCUCCAGAGCCGCCGGUCAGCCCGAGCCCCGGACAGACUGCCGGGAGGCCACCCCUGCCGCCCCCUCCUCGCCCCGCCGGGCCCCCGCUCCUCCCCGCCUCUCUCCGCUGCCAGCCGGGUCUGUCGCCUGCGGCCUUCAAGCCCCUGCCGUCUCCUCAGGGAGCAGCAGCAGAAGCACAUUCCCCCCCAAGAUGAGCGCCAGCAUCCCUGCCAACAACCCCCUGGUUUCUCAGCUGCUGCAAGGCAAAGAGGUCCCGCUGGAGCAGAUCCUGCCCCGGCCCCUCACCAGGGUGGAGGUGAAGAGCGUCCCGCUGCAGGCCGCAGACGGCAAAGAGCCAUCAGCCCCCGCCAGGCCUGGCCCUCCCAGGGAGGCCAGCGGGAAGCAGCCUUCAUUGGGGGAGAAGCCCUGCUCCAGCCAGGGCAGGCAGCAGCUGCCUCCACCCCCUUCUCCCUUCCUGGGGCAGGACUUGUGGGGCCGUCAGGCGGUGGGCAAAGGUGCCCCGGAGCCCCUCCUGCCCCCCCUCAUGCCGAGGGGGCCCAGGCAGAGCCUGCCCCCUGCCCUGCAGCCUCUCCCUCCCCCAGGCCUCCUGCUCGAGAGCUGCUCCACCAGCCAGAGCUUCAUGCUGGGCUUCACGGGGAGAAGGACCUCCAAGCCGGCCAUGUCUGGCCAUUACCUCCUGAAUGUCUCCACUUACGGGCGCGGCUCCGACAGCCUCCGCAGGAACCUGGCCGUGCCCCCAGAGAGCCGGAUGUGCCCCGACGGGCCCAGGAUGGCGUUGGAGGGGCGGGAGGAGGCGCCUGGGGGCAGCGGCAGCAGCGGGGAGGAGGGCUCCGAAGACGGAGAGGGGUGCAUCCCGCUGGAGGAGGAGGAGACGCCGCCACCCUUGACUCCCGAGGCAGGGGCCGCGCGUGCUGCGAAGCUGGAGCAGGCAGGGGGCAGCCGCCCCUCCUCAGCAAGCCAAGACCUCCUCAGAAGCCCCACAGCCAAGGACUUCCUUCAGGCAGCCCAGGAGAAAGUGGCCCAGGUGGCGAGGGGCCGAGGGACGUGGCCUCACAGCGUGGAGCUCCCCACCGGCAGCCCGGCGGACUCCCUCCCCCCUCGGCUCCUGUCUCCCUUGCACCCUUCGCGGCUCUUUGGGAGCCCGGCCACGACCCAGCUCCUGGGGCCCGGCUACAGCGGCACCAUCAACGUCUCCACCUCCCCGGAGAUGCAGCAAGAGGCGCUCCUGUCGGGGCUGUCGGACCCCAGUGGCAUGGGGGACGUGGUGUCCUUCUCGGUGACCGUGACGGCCAUCCCUGCCGGGCCGCCGGGCAGCACAGGCAGCCACCGGCAGCCCCUCCCGGGCCAGGCCUUUUCCCAAGAGGGCAGCCUGGAGGACCUGCCCUCCAAGUGCUACUGCCGCUUGAAAGCCAUGAUUGUGUGCAAGGGCUGCGGGGCCUUCUGCCACGACGACUGCAUCGGCCCCUCCCGGCUCUGCGUCUCCUGCCUGGUGGUGCGGUAGCUCUGCGGGCAGACCGGGAGAGCCGUCCCCCUGGAAGCAGCGGCGGCUGCACUGGAGGCUUCCCCUCUCUCCCCCGACCCACAGCGCCCGCCUCGUUUCCUCAAGAGCAGGCGCACCUUGGCCGGCCAGCUGGAACUUUGGGAGAAGGGUUUGCACUUACGGAAUCCUGUACAUAUGUUGCAUUGUUUGGUCUUAAAAAUGAUUAUUUUUUUCA